AUGUUAGUGGGUGGUGCGAGGUCAGGUUCGUGGUCAGGAUCGAGGGCGAAGGGUGGUGACGUGGUGAGUAGUAAUAUACUGAUUGAUAUUCAGGUGUACCAUAGAUAUAUGUACUUGUUAUGGUUGAUGUGUUAUGUCGUGUUAACUGUUCCUGCAGGAUCUAUGACAUUGCUUUGUCGUAACUGCGGGCAUAGCAUUGUCAAAGGUUCGGCACUUACCAAUGAAAAGAGUGCAAAAGCCAUACGUUCAUAUAAUAUGAGUAUUUUGGGUCGCAAUCAACUUGUUCAAGUCUUCGAAAAUGCCGUCCCUGAAAAAUUCGAUGUGAUAACUGCUUCAACUGCUGAACUAGAACUUACAGGUAAGUCUCACAUAGCGGAUACUUGGUGGCCGAAUUAUGAGUGGACCGUUUGUAUUUGCCCUCGCUGCGGUUUUCAUUUGGGAUGGUCUUUCCAAUCUGGUAAUAUCCAAGCAAAGGUGCAUAAAUCAUUUGUUGGGCUUGUACUGGAUUACUUAAUUAGUGAAGGAUAUGUUAAUGUGAUGACAUGGGUGCCACAAUUUGGAGAUGGGUGA